AUGCCUGAGUCCCAACCCAACCCUACUGGUUCCGAUGAGCCCAGCGAGGUCCCAUUUGGCAAAUGGGACUCCUUCUCUUGGGAGGAAUUUCCUGCAUGGGAGGGUACCAAAGCUAUCAUGUUCCGGUCGCCGGAUGGCAAGCGCGUUGCUGGUGCUUUCCGCGAGUCUGCAACCGCCACCAUGACAUACCCCUGUGACGAGUUCAGUUAUGUGACGGCGGGGUGGAUCAAGGCCCAUGUUCAUGGCGGGGAAACAUUCACCCUUAAAAUCGGCGACUGUGUCUACUUUACGAAGGGUCAGACGGUGGACUUUGAGUGCAGCGAGGACUAUGCCAAUGUUUCUGUGUUCCUCGGCAGUGAGCCUGUUACUAUCGUUUGA